AUGGUCCAUCAACUUAACUUUGAGGCACUAGCCACUGCAUUCAGCACAUACCAAUCAGCAUUGGAGAGCACCCCCACCCAGAAAUUCGAUCCCCAACAGGCUCAUGCUAGGACUGCUGGUGGUAGCAACCAGGACAGAUCAGCUCAAGAAACCAACACCAAUGAUGGUGGUGAAAUUGCAAAGACCACAAACAGACCACAAAAGAUUCAGUGCUUCAUAUGCAGGCAAAUUGGAUGUGGAGCAAGACAAUGUGAUGCAUCAGUCAGCAUCCCAAAAAACUCCCCACUCACCAACUCCAACUAG